AUGGAGAUCGUACGGAAGGUACAUUACGACGCGUGCGACAUGCAGAACGGUGAGCUCACCUGGAGUUGCGGCGGCACCGGUAACGCCGGCGAGUGCGACGUCCUCGACUCCUCGAUGGACGACUUCGACUCGCCGCCGCCACUGCAGCCGCGUAAGUUGUUCGACGCGACGGACUGCAACAGCGAUGAGAGCCAGCCGGUGAAUAACAACAAGAUUUCGAUCUUCGUGACAGGUACUCCAGCCAUCAAGACUCCCAUCAGUCGUGAAAACGUUUUUCACAAAAGUUCAAUGGGGUGUAGUCCACCCUACAAGCGUGUUAGGCAAUUACGUCUAUUUGAUUCGCCUACUACCCCUAAAACCUUGAUAGAGAAGAGCGUGUUACAAACUCCAAUAUCUCCAAGGUGUUCUAGACUUUUUAAUCUAGAGAAACCUAAACCUUCUAAGAUAAGCCCGAGUUACCAGAAUAAGAUAGAAAAACCCGCCGCGAAUGUAAAUCCAUUCACACCUAAUGGCAUGUUAAUAACAGCAAGGAAAAGAAGCAGAUCUAAACGUAGUCUCAAUGGUAGUAAUAGUAGUUCACCGGACAUGCAAGUACCAAAGUUUGAUCUUGCUGACUCCGAAGAUUCCGACAACGAGUAUGAACACGCGACGAAACGCGUAGCACUGCAGGAUUCGAAUAUAUCGCGUUAUCAUAAGGAGUUCCACGAGCUGAGUUUGAUCGGGGUUGGUGAAUUCGGCUCCGUGUACAAGUGCAUCAAUCGGUUGGACGGAUGUACGUAUGCCGUUAAAAAGAGCAUCAAACCUGUAGCGGGCAGCACUAAUGAGAAGAAUGCACUGAAUGAGGUGUACGCGCACGCUGUGCUUGGCAAACAUCAGCAUGUGGUCCGUUAUUACUCCGCUUGGGCGGAAGACAAUCACAUGGUCAUCCAAAAUGAAUACUGCAACGGUGGCAGUCUUGCAGACACGAUCCUCUCACUGAAACAACAGAAUCAGCACUUCAGCCAGGCUGAGAUGCGCCAACUACUAUUGCAUGUGGCUGAAGGACUGAGGUACAUACACAGCAUGCAGCUUGUGCAUAUGGACAUCAAGCCUGGCAACAUUUUCAUCACCAAGGAAAAGAAAUUACAUGCCAUCAACUAUGACUCUGCGGAUGACGGUUUUGACGAAGAUGAAAACGUCGAUGAAGAAAUCACAUACAAAAUUGGUGAUCUUGGCCAUGUCACUUCUAUCACGAAUCCACAGGUGGAGGAAGGCGAUUGCAGAUACCUACCAACGGAAAUCCUGCAUGAAGAUUUCAAUCAUUUACCGAAAGCCGAUAUUUUUGCCUUAGGAUUGACUGUUUACGAGUCAGGUGGCGGCGGACUUCUUCCGAAAAACGGACCCAUGUGGCAUGACAUUAGACAAGGAAAAUUACCAGACUUGCCACACUGCAGUCGCGAUUUGAACAACUUAUUGAAGCUGAUGAUUCAUCCUGAUCCAGAAAUGAGACCAUCAGCAAUAUCUUUGCUGCAACACCGAGUCUUAUGUCCGACGGGAAAGAAAUCCAAAGCUCAAUUGCGAAGAGAAUUGAACGCUGAAAAACUCAAGAAUGAAAUCUUAUCAAAACAACUCCAUGACGCGGCGAUAUGUUUGAAGUUUGCAUCCAUUGCACCGAACGUUGUCGCCGAGAGUGGUAAUAGCGACCGACAAUUGCGACCGAUAGCCAGUAGAUUGUCGUCAUCUCGUGUUAUAGGCAAAAAAGUGAAUCGUAGUAAUAGCACUACGAAUUUUUGAAUAUUUUCGUUAAAAUUUUGACACCGGUAAAAUUUUGAAAGGUGGAACUUAAGGGAGCGAUCGGUUUCCUAGAGUCACCUUAACUUGUGUGAUACCGUAUCUAGUUUUUUUUUAAGUACUAUUAUCCAGUAAAAUA